AUGUCCGGAGACCAUGAUAUCACGCUUGGCCAGCUCCUGGAUCGGGCCACAUCGGCAUACAACCAUAUCAUCGAGCAACCUACGCCGAACGACGAGGCUGUUCAGUCUAAAAUCCUUGCGGCACUUGCCGACCUAUCUCUGAGUAGCUCCUUAAUCAACCGCCUGGCAAUCUUGUCCCCAAACGAAACCCUGGAAGACAUCAAUACCAGUGACCUCAAAUGUCUUUCGGUCGAAGUAUUACGUGGUUUGCUCGUCGUACUGCUCAAAACUAAAGGCGGGGGUCAACGGAAGAAAAACCUUGAACAGGCAAAAGACCAUUUUCAGGUUUUUUGUCGGCAAGUCGAAGCUUAUGAAGUUAUCCCUAGGGAUCAAAUCGAUCGCUUUAAGGGCCCACUAUCGGCCAUCCAAAGUGCAGCAAUGCGAAGGGAGUCGAAGAUAAGCCAAUACAAGCUAGAAAAACAACUAAAACAACAACUGGACGAGCUUCGAGAGCGUAAACAAUCCGCACAACGCUCCAGAUUGUAUUCAUCCGGGCGGACGAAACAAGAUAGCUCUCGGGGCGAAUGGACGAACGAUUCGGAUGAUGAGAACGAGGGCGAGAGUCGCUCGACUCAUCUGACUUGGCUCAAGUUCCUGUACCUCAAGGCUCACCAAGAACUGGACAGCAUCGAGGCCGAGCUAGAUAUCCUAGGUCAAGCAGCGCAGAUGAAUGACCUGCCGAGCAAGAAGGCCACACGCGAGGAGGAUGAUCUGAGCUGGCGGGUGGAGAGAUUGGCGACGACGGCGGACGGCCCAUUGGUCUCGCCCUCGGGCAAGGUUCUGCGUCCGUUUACGAUCCUGCCAUCACGCUCAUCGGCCUCAUCAGCCUCGACGAACCGGAUCAAGCUUCGUGCGGAGGUCUUCCGUCCCGAUUGGACCCUCCCCACGAUGACAAUCGACGACUACUUGGACGAGCAGCGCGCCAUGGGCAACUUCUUGUCCGGCGGCGGCCCCGACCAAGCUAAUCAAGAAACCCCCUCCCAACGCGCUCAAAUCGACGCCGAAGAAGACAACGCUGCUGGCGAGCUCAAGGCCGAGCAGCUGCGGAAAAAGGCAGUCGAGUGGAAUGAAUUCACCGAUGUCCAUCGCAAGGGCGAAGGUAAUAUGAUGAAUAGAGGAUGA